AGAACAAGCAAAGCCAGAGCCACCCGAGGGGAUUGAUUCCUCCCUCCCAGCCCUGCAAGCCCUGCCUCUUUCCAGCAGCAGUGAUUACACAAAUGGACCACCGGGCUCUGCUCCAGCAGGCCUGAUGGAGGCGUGAAAGGGCAGAGGAGCCUUUCCUGCCCCAGGCGGGCGGGAGGGAGCGUAGCUUUUCGCAGUGACCUUGGUCACCCUCCUGCAUUAGUUCCGCACCCUGGCUGUUUAGCAGGCUGUCUCUAUGGCUACCGGAAUAAACAGCAGAUAAUAGCGCUGCAGCCUCCAAGCAGCACUGCAGUCUGGAGACCAGGAGGGAGCAGGGCUUCUCCGGGUAGCCUGCCACAGCUCACCAGAGGCACUUCAGGCGGUCAGCAUGGCUGGAAGCACUGACAUUGCAGCGCUGGAAGAGAGCUUCCGGAAGUUUGCAAUCUAUGGAGACACCAAAGCUACAGGACAAGAAAUGACUGGGAAAAACUGGGCCAAACUGUGUAAGGAGUGUAAAGUAAUGGACGGCAAAGGGGUCACCGGCACAGAUGUGGACAUCGUCUUCUCCAAAGUGAAAGGGAAGACAGCCAGAGUCAUUGGUUACGAGGAAUUCAAAAAGGCCCUAGAGGAGCUGGCCCCAAAGAGGUUUAAGGGCAAGAGCAAGGAGGAAGCAUACGAAUCCAUCUGCCAGCUGGUGGCAGGGAAGGAACCAACCAACGUAGGCGUCACUAAAGCCGCAACCGGCGGGGCGGUGGACAGGCUGACGGACACCACCAAGUACACGGGCUCGCACAAGGAGCGCUUCGAUGAGAGUGGCAAGGGCAAAGGGAAGAGCGGGCGGGAGAACAUUGUGGACACCAGCGGCUACGUGGGGGCCUACAAGAAUGCCGGCACUUACGACGCAAAAGUGAAGAAAUAGGGAGAACUGGAAGUGCUACCGACCCUCCCAGGCCCAGGCACCCCACAGCCUCUAGGCCUUCAAUCACAUCAGCCUUGGGAACUGGCCUUAAUGGCACAGGCCUCCUGAGACCGUGCUGGGCCCAGCUCCUAGCCACGGAGCCAUGGCUGAUAGGCCUCCUAUCACCACGGGCUGAUGUGAUUAGAAACUGACCUGGCCUUGCACUUUGCUCCCAACAUUACAUCAACUCCAGAUGUGUUGUGAGCCGUGUCCCUCCUGCUAGCGCUAACGAGACUUUCUCCUCGUGUGCCCCCAGGGCACCACACCCCUCCUGCUAGCGCCAAUGAAACCUUCUCCCCGUGCGCCCCCGGGCACCACGUCUCUCCUGCUAGCGCUAACGAAACCUUCUCCCCUGUGCGCCCCCAGAGCACAACGCCCCUCCUGCUAGAGCUAACGAAACCUUCUCCCCGUGUGCCCCUAGGGCACCAUGUCUCUCCUGCUAGCGCUAACGAAACCUUCUCCCCUGUGCGCCCCCAGGGCACAACGCCCCUCCUGCUAGAGCUAACGAAACCUUCUCCCCGUGCGCCCCUAGGGCACCACGUCUCUCCUGCUAGCGCUAACGAAACCUUCUCCCCUGUGCGCCCCCAGGGCACAACGCCCCUCCUGCUAGAGCUAACGAAACCUUCUCCCCUGUGUGCCCCCAGGGAACCAUGCCCCUCCUGCUAGUGCUAACGAAACCUUCUCCCCGUGUGCCCCCGGGCACCAUGGCCCUCCCACUAGCGCUAAUGAGACCUUCUCCCCUGUGCACCCCCAGGGCAUCACGCCCCUCCUGCUAGCGCUAAUGAGACCUUCUCCCCAUGUGUCCCUGGGAACCAUGCCCCUCCUACUAGUGCCAACCAGACCUUCUCGUGUGCCCCCAGGGCACCACGCCCCUCCUGCUAGCGCCAACCAGACCUUCUCCUCAUGUGCCCCCAGGGCACCACGUCCCUCCUGCUAGCGCUAACGAGACCUUCUCCCUGUGCGCCCCCGGGAACCACGCCCCUCCUGCUAGUGCCAACCAAACCUUCUUGUGUGCCCCCAGGGCACCAGGCCCCUCCUGCUAGCGCCAACCAGACCUUCUCCUCAUGUACACCCAGGGCACCAUGUCCCUCCUGCUAGCGCUAACGAGACUUUCUCCUCGUGUGCCCCCAGGGCACCACACCCCUCCUGCUAGCGCCAAUGAAACCUUCUCCCCGUGCGCCCCCGGGCACCACGUCUCUCCUGCUAGAGCUAACGAAACCUUCUCCCCAUGCGCCCCUAGGGCACCACGUCUCUCCUGCUAGAGCUAACGAAACCUUCUCUCCGUGCGCCUCCAGGGCACAACACCCCUCCUGCUAGAGCUAACGAGACCUUCUCCCCUGUUCUCCCCCGGGGCACCACGCCCCUUCUGCUAGCACUAACGAAACCUUCUCCCCUGUGCGCCCCCGGGAACCAUGCCCCUCCUGCUAGCACUAAAGAAAACUUCUCCCCUGUGCGCCCCCAGGGAACCAUGCCUCUCCUGCUAGCACUAACAAAACCUUCUCCCCUUAAGCCCCUGGGCACCACGUCCCUCCUGCUAGCGCUAAUGAUACAUUCUCCCCUGUGCGCCCUCAGGGCACCACACCCCUCCUGCUAGUGCUAACGAGACCUUCUCCCCUGUGUGCCCCCAAGGCACCACGCCGCUCCUGCAAGCGCUAACGAGACCUUUUCCCCUGUGCCCCCCCGGGGCACCACGUCCCUCCAGCUAACGCCAACCAGAGCUUCUCCCCUGUGCCGCCCUGGGCACCACGCCCCUCCUGCUAGCGCCAACCAGACCUUCUCCCCAUGUGCCCCUAGGGCACCACGCCCCUCCUGCUAGCGCUAACGAGACCUUCUCCUCUGUGCGCCCCCGAGGCACUGUGCCCCUCCUGCUAGCGCUAACGAGACCUUCUCCUCUGUGUGCCUCCGGGGCACCACGCCCCUCCUUCUAGCGCUAACGUAGGGUGACCAGACAGCAAGUGUGAAAAAUCAGGAUGGGGGUGGGGGGUAAUAGGAGCCUAUAUAAGAAAAAGACCCAAAAAUCGGAACUGUCCCUAUAAAAUUGGGACAACUGGUCACCCUAGCUCUGACAAAACCUUCUCCCCUGUGCGCCCCCGGGGCACCAUGCCCCUCCUACUAGUGCUAAUGAGACCUUCUCCCCUGUGUGCCCCCAAGGCACCACGCCGCUCCUGCUAGCGCUAACGAGACCUUCUCCCCUGUGUGCCCUCAGGGCACCAUAUUCCUCCUGCUAGUGCCAACCAGAUCUUCUCCUCUGUACCCCUCACAAGGCCACCACAUUCCUCCCACUCACUACAAUGAGGCCUUCCCUUACUAAUGCCACCAGGUGCCUGCCUGUAUCUCUUCCACUAGUGAGGUCUUCUACUCAAUACAGAUGCCAAUUUCCCUCCUGCUAGUGACAGAUGUGCCUUUUCCAACCCUACGUCCCUUCAGCUCAGGCCAGGUCUUCACUGGGAAAUUAGGUUGGUAUAACUGUCACUCUGGGGUGUAAAAAAUCUCCCCUCACCCAGCAACCCAGUGAUGCCAACCUAACUCCCAGCGCAGAGCAGCACUGUCAGUUGAAGGGGCAUCUCCCAUCGACAGAGCUACUGCCCCUCGGGGGAUGGCGUACACGAAAGCUGUACCAGUGCAACUUUAAAAUGUAGACCUGCCCUAAGAUUAACGACACCGUCUCCCCUCUGGGCACAUCAGUCACCAGCGUUACCGCAGCCCCUUCUCCUCAGGGCACUCCACCUGUCAGCAUUAAUAUCAAACUGCGUGCGCCUUCCCUGGAGAACUGGCCUGCAUGAGUUUAACCACCACCCCUCAGGCUACUCCAGCAGCCCCAGGCCCCAUCGGUCCCAGUCCAGUCCUCAGACGCCUGCCUUCUUGGCGGAGUCACAGCCAAAGGCCUCCCUGCUCUGUAACCUGGCUCUGCAAUAAACCUCCCCCUGUUUUGUA